AUGCAGAAUAAUUCCGGAGACCACGGCCAGCUGUUCAACGAUGAGACCGUAAUGCCGCGAGGCAUUAGACCUCCGCUGAACAACUUGGUGCAAGCCUUUCACUCGUCCUCCUUAGCAUCCUCUACUGCCCAAGCACAGCCACUUAAGCAGAGCCACCUAGAGUCUUCCGAAUGUGAUCAAGCAGCCGGUGAAUUCCAUCUCUCAAGCCGGGGGGCAUAUAACAGCUGCUUCAGAGACGUCUGGGGCCCGCGUGAGAAGCUUGCGUUGGGCACUUGGUCCGAGACAAAUCCUGACGGCCGUGUAUUGCUUAGGCUUGCCGAGAACAAUUUGGUGCACCCAGAAGUUGCUGCCUUUAUUCAGAAACAGUUCAAGAUUCUGCCACUCGAUCAUCUUACUUACAACACUGGCCCACGAGGUUCGUUUCGGCUUCGCCAUGCUCUGAGCCGCUACUUCGAGCAAGAAUUCAAUUCGUUCCUCCCCGUCACUCCGGAUGAUCUAUUCAUGACGGCGGGUUUGACCGGCGCCAUUGACUCUCUAGUCUUUGCUAUCUGCAACCCUGGAGACGGCAUCUUGGUCCCUGAGCCGUUUUACAAUGGCUUCAAGAUUGACAUCACACAUCGUUCAGAUGCACACAUCGUCGGUGUCAGCUAUGAUGAUCUCGAAGGUGACUCGUCUCUGGAAGAUGUGUUUGAUGCAGCAAUGACAAAAAAGGCGCUGAACGCUGCGCUCGUCAAGGCACAUAGCCGAGGCAUUAAACCACGAGCGGUUCUAAUUUCCAACCCACACAAUCCAUUGGGACGAUGCUAUCCUUUAGAAACCAUCCAAGCAUUCAUGACCUUUUGUAACGAGAACAACCUGCAUUUCAUCUCGGACGAGAUCUAUGCUAAGUCCGUUUUCGAGAAUCCUGCCCUCGACGCUCAAUUCACAUCAGCGCUGUCUCUCGAUUGGAAAAGUCUCAUUUCGCCCAACCAAUUCCAUGUGCUGUACAGUGCCAGCAAGGACUUCUGUGCCAACGGACUGCGUCUUGGUGUGGUGUACAGUAAAAACGAAGGCCUUUUUCGCUCCAUGUCAAGCAUUGGGGCGUUCUCGUGGACACCACAUCUAGUUCAAGACAUCUGGGCAUCCAUGUUGGAGGACGAGGGGUGGAGGACAGAGCUUCACAAGAAGAACAAGAGCUUGAUGGCCGAGAAUUACGGCGUCAUCACUGACUUUAUGCAACAGCACGACAUUCCCUACUGUGAGAUGAACGCUGGUUUGUAUCUUUGGGUGGACUGCCGACGCUUCCUUGUUCCAAUGGAACAGCGCACCCGUGCCGACUUGGGCAGUUUACGAGUGGGCGGGCCAAACGACGAUGUAUUCAAGCAGCGCGAGGCACGGUUUGUUGAUAUCUGCAUUGAAAGUGGUGUUUUAAUCUCGCCCGGCACCAUCUACCAAGCUCGCGAUUACGGCUGGUUCCGCAUCACGUUCACCGCGGUGCGACCCAUGUUGGAGGAGGGUCUUCGCCGCUUUGCCAAGGUGUUGGAAUCACAGGAGGUUUCUCAUUGGAACAAGGCCUCUUAG